AAGUGCGCUCGUGAGUGUAUUGCGCGUCGGACUCACGUCCCAGUUUUGGCACUGAGGCGAGUGUGUAGGAACCCAGCGCGUCCUCCUCUCUCUCCUCUAACCUCCUCACAGCGAGACGCACGAUUCCACAGGAUGCUUCACCAUAUGCUUCUCUUAACCACUGAGUUUGGGGUUUGGAUGUAGGCGAUCCAUCGGGCGCAGAGCGAGUUCUGGAUUUGGAUGCUUCGCUGGCACGGCUUUGCGGGUGAUGGUGAAGCGCGUCUUGCGCGCUGCCGCACGUUUCCUCGAUCUUUCCUCGGGACGUUUGGCGAAGGGAAAUGUGAAGAAGGCUUAAAGAAUGGCAUGUAAACAUGGUUUCUGCCAAGAAGGAGAUGGUGACUGCGAUGUACCCCACUUCUAUUUCCACUCUCCUCUACUUUCUGUGUGUGGCGGCUUGCAUAAAGAGAAUAUCUGGACAGAUCAGAAAGGAUGAGAAAUUAUACCCGGAAAAUUUCACACGAAUUCUGGACCGACUUCUGGAUGGAUACGACAACAGACUCCGACCUGGAUUUGGGGGUCCAGUGACGGAAGUGAAGACCGAUAUUUAUGUCACAAGUUUUGGCCCAGUUUCCGACGUAGAGAUGGAGUACACCAUGGACGUGUUCUUCCGCCAGACGUGGGUGGAUAGGCGGUUGAAGUAUGAUGGUCCAGUGGAGAUCCUCCGGCUAAAUAACCUGAUGGUGACCAAAGUCUGGACCCCCGACACGUUCUUCAGGAACGGCAAAAGAUCUGUGGCUCACAACAUGACGGCACCCAACAGACUCUUCCGAAUCAUGAAGAACGGCACCAUCCUGUACACUAUGAGGUUGACAAUAAUUGCAGAAUGUCCAAUGAGACUCGUCAAUUUCCCCAUGGAUGGCCACUCCUGCCCUCUGAAGUUCGGCAGCUAUGCCUACCCAAUGACUGAGAUGAUCUACACCUGGACUAAAGGCCCUCAACAUUCUGUGGAGGUCCCACCUGAGUCAUCCAGCCUAGUACAGUACGACCUGAUCGGACAGACUGUGUCAAGUGAGACUGUAAAGUCCAUUACAGGUGAAUAUGUGGUAAUGACGGUCUACUUCCACUUGAAACGGAAAAUGGGCUACUUCAUGAUUCAGACGUACAUCCCCUGCAUCAUGACUGUAAUCCUUUCUCAAGUGUCUUUCUGGAUAAAUAAGGAAUCCGUGCCCGCCAGAACUGUCUUUGGAAUCACCACUGUUCUCACGAUGACGACCCUCAGCAUCAGCGCUCGUCACUCUCUGCCCAAGGUCUCGUACGCCACUGCCAUGGAUUGGUUUAUCGCUGUGUGUUUCGCGUUCGUCUUCUCUGCUCUAAUCGAGUUUGCGGCUGUGAACUACUUCACCAACGUUCAGGCAGAGAGAGCCAAGAGAAAACAGGCCGCUGCCGCCGCAGCCACUGCCAAGAGCUCCACACCGUCAGGCAAAGCUAAAGACACAGAGGAGGUUCUACAGCAAAACUCGGACACCAAUGGAAACUUACGAAAACGCAUCAACUCCAACGUUCAGGCUCAACCAGACUCCAAGAAAACCCAAAGAACCGAAACAUCUAGCAAGAGCGGGGCAGCUGCAUCCAAACCGACCUUGACCAGCCAAUCAUCUUCCACCUCAGAGGGUACCAGCAGUUUCUCCAGUCAAUCACGUCUGAGCCCCAGUUCUGCCAGCCAAUCAAAUGCAGCCACUUCAUCCUCUGCCUCAAAGACAACACCACCGGCCCCGCCCUCUACACCAACAGUUCCCGAGAAACCGUCGCCCAGCGCACCAACAGGCUCCGCCCCUCUUCACCAUCUCCUCGGGCCUAAAUUAGAGAAUAUUAAAAAGAAGGAAGUCAAGGCUGCACCUCAACCUGCCGCUCCUCCAACCGGAGGAGCCAGCAAGAUCGACGAAUACGCACGUAUUUUAUUCCCAGUGUCCUUUGGGGCGUUCAACAUGGUGUACUGGGUGGUUUACUUAUCCAAAGACACCAUGGAGGCAAAGGGAGGCUAACAAGAACAGGAUUGGUUGUUUGUACCCUUUUUUCUACAACUCAAAUGAAAUAAAGAGCCCUCUUAAGGAUUACGUCAACAAGCAAUUCCAAGAAAUGAAAUUAUAUUACAGCAGACAAAACUGCACAAGCGCACAGAAGAGAUUAACUGGGUGAAAUAAUAUUAAAACUUUUUUUGUUGGUAAUCAAAAGGGCCGUACACAAGAUUAAGCAUGUGGAUAUAUUACAAUAAGUCAAAAUAAUUCAAUUAAAAAACAAUCCAAGCAAUCUCACAGGAAUGAAUCAUAGAUUUAUCUGUUGUCUGUUUGAAUAGCCAUAUUUCCAGUCUGUCCUAUUUAUCACCGGACACACUGAAGAAGGAACAAUGCCACUGAACAGAAAAACCAAUACCAGGGUCGUUUAGUCUAUUUUUAUAUAGAGACACUUCAGGAAAAUAUCCUUCAUUCGGAGAACGGAAUUUUCAGAAACCUGAGAGAUCUUAACUGACCUUGCGGAUGUCUGCCAAGAAGACGUAUUUCUGACAUAUUUCUUUCAGUUGUGAUGAAAUCUAUUUUAAACCACAUCAUGGUGUAUGUAAACAAUCAGGCAUGAAUGGUAUCUAUCCUGUGUUCUCUCGCCGAGAGAAAAUGUUGGAACGGAGCGCGUCCUGAUCGGUGAAAAACACAUAUGCAUGUCUUUUAUUUUUUAAAGAGACUAUAAGAAUUUUUGUUGUUACAAAUUAAGUCGUUAAAGCACAAAUGAUAAUUUUCUCUCUUUGUUUUUGAAUUUGAAUGGCUUGUUUUUAGUUUAGUUCAAUUUGGGUUUCGUUUUCAUUAUUGCAGUAUUUAUUUUUUUUUGUCUUAUAGCUGAUAUGUUCUCUGCUAUAAAGAAGGAAGUGUGACACAGGGAAGGAGUUUUACCAUACAAAGCAUGCAGCAUGUGGCGAUGGACCCCCUGGAGCCUGGUGCCGUGGCAACCGCACAGGGGCCAGAUGGUUCUGGAGUCAUUUAGAACAGUAAGAGGGUUAAACAGACUGAUGUUGUCAUACAAGAGCCAGAGGACAAUGAAAACCUCCACCGAUCCACAUAGGGCUGUUUUUGUAUGUGUAAAUUGGAUAUAAACAGUGAUUGGUUCAGGUCUUCAUUAUCCACCAGUCGUGGAUAAAAAAAUCAGUGUUAAAGGCAUAGAUCACUCAAAAAUGGUUCCAUGGAACAAGAAAAGAAAAUUUUUAGUAGAACGUCUGAUGUUUAAGUCCAAAAAUGACAACAACAAAAAAAGCACCAUAGAAGUUGUCCAAAUGACUUAAUAAACUCAUGUGAUAGCUUUGUGUGAGUUGUUUUGUGCCAUUUUUAAAAAGAUGUGAAUGCGUCAUCAACAAAUAAUUUAAAUGUUGGCUUUUUUAUCACACAGAGCUAUUGUAUGCUUUUAGGAGACUGGAUACAUAGCAUACUGUAUGAAAAUAGUCAUAUGGACUAUUUUUAUGGUGUUUUUUUGUGCUUUUUGAGCUUGACAGCCCUUAAAACUAAAAGUGCCAAAAAAGGGUGUUUCUCAGCGAUGCCACAGAAGAACCAUAUUUGCUUCCCCAAAGAACCAGUAAAUUUUCUUAGUGUGACAAAUCUUUUAAUAGUCUAAAUUGUUGCACUAUAAAGGCCCUUUGGUGCAUUGGAAAGGUUCCUUGGAUGUUAAAUAUUCUUCAUAGAAGCAUAGAUCCCAAAAAAAUAACCUUUAUUAUUUAGGAUGGUCACUUUUUUUGACUGAAAAGAUGACAAAAAAAUCUCCUUUGGUGUUCCACAGAAGAAAGUAAGUCAUACGGGUUUGGAACAGCAUGAAGGCGAGUUCAUUUUUGGGUGAACUGUCCCUUUAAAGUUUGAUUUAUUUGACUCCUGGUGUUUGCUGUUUAGUAUGGUGUGCUGAAGACCGCUGAAAUGAUUCUGUGAUAUUUGGGGUGAUCUUAGCAGACAGCUUUUCAAUGGAUCCAUUCCAUCAUUCUGUUAAAAUACGACAUAAAACAUAGCAUAUAUGGCAAAAUUUGUUUGAUUUAAUUGAAUCUAUACAAUUAAUUAAACGGUUGUUUGAUUACUUAGAACACAUGUGCAUGUGUAUUAUUAGACCUGUGCUUGACUGGAUGGAUGUGCUGGUAUUUCUGUGUGCGAGUUAAUAUGGAGAUACAGACAGUCUCACCGAUUAGACUCGAAUCUUAACAAUCACUCCACGUUAACAAAGCAGCUUUAUCUAAUGAAUUAUUAACUUUACUCUCCCUCUACAAUGUUGUCUCCAACAUUAAUGUAUAAGAAGGCUUUUAAAUUUACUGGUCGAAGAGAGAAAAAAAAAAUAAUAAUUUUAAUAAGCAUAAUAUUUACUACUUAUUGCUCAUUAUAUACUGUAUAUUGCCUAUUUUAUUUAAAAUAGUACAGCUUGUUUUCUCUUGGAUUUCUAAGUGCAAUAUGCAGUAUACAUACACUACUAGAGAAAAGUUUGGAAUAAUUACAUGUUUUAUGUUAUAAUGAAUUUUACACAAGAAUAUUAAGAAGCAAAAACGGUAUUUAGCAUUAUUAAUAAUAAAAUAAUAAUAAAAGAAAAUGUUUCUUGAGCAACAAAUCAGCAUAUUAGAAUGAUGGUUAAAGGAUCCUGUGAUACUGAAGACUGGAGUAAUGAUGCUGAAAAUUCAGCUUUGAAUCACAUAAAUAAAUUACAUGUUAAAAUAUAUUCAAAUAGAAAACUGUUAUUUUAAAUUGUAAUAUUAUUUCACAAAAUUAUUGUUUUGCAACCUAGGUAAACAUAAAACAUCUUUCAAAAACAUUAAGAAAAUGUAAUGCAUUAAAAUUUUGGGCUGGUAGUGUAUAUUUGUUUUGUUUUGUUUUGUUUUGUUUUGUUUUGUUUUGUUUUGUUUUGUUUUGUUUUGUUUUGUUUUGUUUUGUUUUGUUUUGUUUUGUUUUGUUUUGUUUUGUUUUGUUUUGUUUUGUUUUGUUUUGUUUUGUUUUGUUUUGUUUUGUUUUGUUUUGUUUCAAAGAGCUCAAUUUCAUUGUCAUACAACAUGAGGGACUGGGAAAGUCUGUGUGCUUAAUAAUUAAUAUUUGAAAGAUGCUGAUCUAAUGCUUUAAGAAAUAAGACAGAAAAUGAAUAAUGCAUGUUCUCUAUAUAUUGCAUGGUUAAGAGACAUCUCAGAAUUUGGCCUAAAUAUGGUUAUUUUGCUUUUUCAGUCCAUUUUUGUGCCAAUAUUGUCACCAAGUGGAAUUGCAAAAAUAAUUAUUAUCUUCAAACAAAUUUUCAUAACACUCAAAUCUCACAACAUUGGUUGAUCCAGUGUGGCUGCAUCGGGCUGGUUGUAUUUGUGGAUGACUUUGCUGACUUUGUUCUUUCGGCACACUAGUAGUUUCAUAGUAAGUUUCAUUGUGGGAUACAGAUGGAUACUGCACAUUUUUAAAUAUAGUAGGCCAAUUGACUUUCCCCAGGAGUUUGAUUGACAGGUGAUCUGACCAAUCAUAAGAGAAUCUGCCAUUAUGUCUGACAAACAAACCACAGGAGAGUAGAUUAACAUUGAUGGACUUGAACUUGAAAAAUGGUGUGAACUGACGUCUUGAAACAAGAUACCUUCUGAUGUUCAUUCAUGUUUAUUACAUGUUAUAACUAGUAAAGAUGAAGAGAUUAUUGGUUCACUUGCCGCUUGAACUACAGAGGCACUACAGUGAUCUGUCACGACACAUUAAAGAGCCACCAAAAAGUAUUGCUUGAAUUUCUUACAAAAUGCCAAAAUUUGAAAGCUGAGACUUUGUUUCAUACCAAAAGAAACCUGCUCGGUCUUGUCUGUCUGCAUAUUGUCAGUUUUCUCUUUGCUCUGUGAUGUAUUUUUCACUGCGUGAGAACAUGAUGUGUAGCGUGAGAGUGCCAUGGCUUGUCGGACAUAGCGACAGUAACGAAGGGGGCCGGGUCUUUCCAAAGGGUCAAUUGGGUUCGGAGUUGAAAAUUUGCAUACUGUGCACAGUAUACUGCAUACUGCUUUCGAUUUCUGUGUUAAUGUGACGCUCUGUGUGUGUGUGUGUGUGUGUGCGCAUGUGUGAGAGAGAGAGAGAGAGAGGGAGAGAGGGGGGGUCAAGCUAUCAGCAGCGUGAUGGAGUGAUCAAAAUGUCUGGCUUCCCCGGGAACUCAGCCUAGUGUGAAAUUGACUUUGUACCUUCAUCCUCCAUCACUCACACACUCACACACACACACACACACACACGCACACACCUUGUUAACCUGCCACUUUAAAGCUCCUGUAUAUUGUUCUCUCUCUGACAAUAUUACCAAUUCAGAAUGAUGAAUAUGUGUUUAUGUACAUUUAUACUCACAAACAUGAGUCCAUGCAUGUGUAUCUCAGUCCAAUUACCAGCUGUAUAAAAUAAGAGCAAACUUGAGCAGCAGUUUUACAUUUAAAGCAUAUUUAGGCUUAAAUUUAAGGUGUAUUUGAAUUACAUGUCAAAUUUCCAUCCAUUUGGAUUAAGCGGUUUUAACAUAAACUAAUAAACUUAGAGUAAUGCAUAUUUGUCAGUUUUACCAUAAAUGAUACAGGUAAGAUUUCUUUAAUUGUACUAAUAAACUGAAUGUGUUUUAAUAACCAGGUUUGUAUAUUUAUCAUAAGUAAAUCCAAUUUGUUUAAAUCACAUACAUUUAAACUAAUUGGAUAUCGCUUGUUCCACAGUUAGCCAUAUUUUAACGAUAGUCAUUCUUUUUAACCAAAUAAAUGUGAUUGUUUUCACAAUGAAGAGAUUUAUGCUUAUUCUAAAUGAUUCGAAUAAAUGCAUUUUUUAUAAUAUGAUUAUUUAAAAUCAGAUAGAUGCAAAUAAAUGUCCUGAUUUUCUGAGUUCAGAAAUCUUGCCUGUUUCUUACCCGUUUCAUUUAUGUUUGACUGACAAAUAUGUCACAUUAUGCUUAUUAGUUUGUUUAUGCUAAAACUGUGAUCCUAAUGGGUGGAAAUUGUAUAUGCAAAUCAAAUACAUAAAAUAUCGAAAUUAGGUUGAAAUAUUUUGUGAGUGUGGGUCUGUAUUUAGGUUAGUGCUGUAAGGGUUGAGUGUGUGUAGAAAUGGGAGAAGUGAAUGACUGUUAACUUCCCACUUUGUGUCCCCACGGGCCGUUUGCCUGAAUACAUCUCCUCCGGCACACCACAGCUUAUCGUUCAAACACAGAAGACUCUUUUGCUCCAGUGAGGCAUUGCUUUAUUAGACAUGUUACGUGAGAAGCCCAGAGACCAGAAAUGUCCUGGCCCGUACUGAGCACACUAAUACCCUUAAGAAAAACCUAAGAGUUUCAAAGAUAAAGUUCAUCUGAGGUAUAACAAAGAACAUUUGUCUUAAAAAAAAAAAAAAAAAAACACUUUCACUGUAGAUGGUUCAUGAGUUGCUACAUAGUCAUUUGGAGAUUGAAACAAGCCAGGAAAAAAAAAAAAAAACUUUCAGGUCACAUUCACCUCAAUAUCACAGAGGAAAAAAUAAGAAAUUAAAUUUUGCAUCAAAAAAAAAAAUACAAAAAAUAAAUAAAUAAAGCCUGUUUUUUUAAAGACCUUCAAUAUUUUUGCAGUUAGACAUUAUUCUCACUGCUAUAAUUGUGACAAAUUGCUUUUUUUCCUUUUUUGUACGUCACUUUGGAUAAAAGAGUCUACUGAAUGUGUAAAUGUAAUAUAUCCUGAUGUUUCAUUCAUUUCAGUCAUUCUUUCUUUUUUCUUUUUUUUUUUUGUUAUUUAUUGUUUGGUAAUUCCUAAUAUGGUGAUUCUUAUUAUAUUGUUAUUUUGUUUUAUUAUUAUUCUUUUUAAGUCAGCAAAGACCGUACAAAUAAAUAUGAUGUAUGAAUAGUUAAAUAUUAAAUAUAUUAUUAUUAUUUAAUACAAUUUGAAUAUUUUUAUUUAUUAUUUUUAUUUUUGGAAAUCACACAAAAAUCAUGAUGACUACAUUUCUUUCUUUUGAUUUUAUGAAAUAUGACACAGACAUGUUCUUGAUUGGCUUUGUGAGAGUCACCCAGACAGCGAAAAGUUUUUUGAGGAACUUAGAAGGUUCUUCUUCGAAUGUUCUUCUAUGGCAUCAGACUGCACCCUUACUGGUUCUAAGUGGAUGCUUUAUUUUAGGAGUAAAUCCAGUGAACACAGAUCAGCGUGCGCCACGUGCAUCUAGAAAGGAAACUUCAGCAGGCUUACUUUUUUAAUUCACUUUCUUUGUCUUUCUUUAAUCUGCAAAACCAUUGUGAUCAGUCAUUUUCAAAUUAUUGCUUAUCACAAUGAAAAAUUGGUUUUAUAAGACUUUUUGAACACAGAAAGUGAAGAAGUCAUUUGUAUUGUUACUCAAAAGCCUCCACGGAGUGGAUGAGAGUGUCUCGGGGGCCAGUAGCUGUCUAAACUGAUAAACUAGAGUACAUCAUGUAUUGCUGGAGACAGAAAGAAAGAGAGAUUGUGUUUAUCAUGCCCUACAGAGUUUAUCAUGUUGGCGGUGAUAAGAACAAAUAUCCAUAAUCUUCCUCUGGAUGGAGCCCAAAAAGAAGAGAGAUGUAACACAAAGAGAGGGAAGAAAACAUGGACUAACAGCUAUUGAGUGGGAAAUGGAUUUUGUUUGGAUUCAUUUGUCAAGCUCCGACCUGGAGGAAUUUUUUUUUUUUUUUUAAAUCACACUGCUUCCUCUGUAAAUAACUCAUAUAAGUAACUGAAUGUCUGUUUAUAAAAAUGACGAAAAUAUACAAUCAGUGUUUUGUAGUAUAUAUUAUUAUUAUUAUUCUUUACUUACUGCCCUAUGCAAGAAAACUACUUCAGAACUGAUGAACAGGUGCCUGUGAUCUCGCAGUGAUGAGGUCAUCGCUCACGGUCCAAUGAGGAAAGAGAAAAAAUAAACAUACAUCUGUCAUGUAUAAACAAAACGUCCUUGUGUCUUAAGAUGAUCCUUAUUUCUAUAUUUUUAAUUUCAAGAUGUGAGCUUGUGUGCUGAGAUUUAUUCUCUAAAGACUGUGUUGGUGUAGAAAUUAUCACUCAAAAAUUGCUAUUAAAUGUCACAAUGACUGUUUUUCUCAA